AAACACUACAGCAAACAUUAAUCUCAGAAAGACAAUUUAUCUUUCUAUCGCACUGAGUUAACGCUGGAGGAAGCCAUCGCGCUGUUUGAACUGUAUCUCGUGGUCAUGAUCAUUUCUUUUUCGUGGGCUGUUUAUUUCAUGUUCGUGUCUAAAGCGGCUGUGGGCAAGAAUUAUGGAAUAGACUGGUGAAGGUCUGACGGGGAGUUUCAGACUGAGGUAAAGUUGCUGGUCAUGAAGCUGCAGCUCUUCAUUCAGGAGGUCAAUAACUCUAUAGAGGAGAGCAGUAAUCAGGCUCUGCAGAAUAUGCCGCGUGUACUGAGAGAUAUUGAGGCUCUAAAACAAGAGGCAUCAUUUCUGAAGGAUCAGAUGAUUCUGGUUAAAGAGGACAUCAAGAAAUUUGAGCAGGACACAGUGCAGUCUAUGCAGGUGCUGGUGGAGAUUGACCAGGUGAAGUCUCGCAUGCAGCUGGCAGCAGAAGCGCUGCAGGAGGCCGAUAAGUGGAGCACACUCAGUGCUGACAUCGAGGAGACCUUUAAAACACAGGACGUGGCUGUAAUCAGCAGUAAACUGACCGCCAUGCAGGGUAGUUUGGCGAUGUUGGUGGACACACCGGACUACAGUGAGAAGUGUGUUCAGCUGGAGGCCCUGAAGAACCGCCUGGAGGCUCUGACCAGCACACAAAUUGUCUCCACUUUCAACUCUCUUGCCACAGAUCAAGCAAAGCUUUUUGUUAGAGUUUUUACCGAGAUGGACAGAAUGCCUCAGUUACUGGCUUACUACUACAAGUGCCACAAGGCCCAGUUGUUGACUGUGUGGGAAAGCAUCUGUCAGUCAGACGCUCCUCUGAAACAGCAGCUCUCAGAGUUUUACGACACACUUCUGUCCACAUGGCACACACAGCUUCAGUGGAGCAGCCAGGUCUUCAGGAACCCGUGUGAAGUGCUCACAGUGCUGAUGAUCCAGACGCUGGGGGCGAUGGUGCCUUCAAUCCCAGACUGCAUUGCUGAGACUCUGAAGCGCUGCUCUGGAGACUGCCGUCUGGACGUGUUGCUGGAGCUUCAUCAGACGGCAGCAAACUUCAGCCGCAGCCUGGAGGCGGCCAUGCAGCCGCAGCUCGGCGAGUGUAACCUCCUGAAGGUGGCAGAGCUGGUGUCGUGUGUUUAUUCACCUUAUAAGACUUACCAGAUUCAGUACGGAGGCCUGGAAGAGACAAACCUGCUGAUCCAGCUCAGUGCUGUUCCACUGGAGCGUGGUGAGGUUCUGGACUGUGUAUUAGAGCUCACACACUCGGUUCAGAAGGUGUUUGGUUUGGCGGCGGCUGCUGUGGAUCGCUGUGUGAAGUUCACGGAUGGUCUCGCUGUGUGUGGGCUCAUCAAAGCCCUGCGCGCGCUCUUCAACAAGUACGUCUCAGACUUUUCUGUCACCCUUCAGUCAAUAAGGAAGAAGUACAAGCUAGAGGACACGCCCACUUCUGAGGUGUUUACUGAAGAUUGGACAGCUUUUCAGAACUCUGUCAGAAUCAUCGCCACCUGUGGAGAGCUGCUGAGACAGUGUGGAGCAUUUGAACAGCAGCUCUCAAACAAGAUCCUGGGGAGGGCGGGGCGUUUCCUGUGGGAGGGGUUUAAUCCCAGGAGUCUCACUGGUCUGCAAGAGGGUGUGGCUGAAAGGAGGAGCCAGAAGAACCCCUGGCAGGAGUACAAUUACCUGCAGCAGAGCAACACAGCAGAGUACAAUAACCUGCUGGAGACGCUGCACUCACUCAAGGAGAAAGGAACAGGAAACUCCAGCUUAUUGGCCGAGACUCGCGCCGCUCUGACGCGUCUAAACCAACAAGCCAAUCAGCUCGCCUUCGACUCUGUGUUCUUGCAAAUCAAACAGCAGCUUUUCCUCCUCAACAAACCAGAGGCUCGCGGCUCUGCUAGUUUGGGUGAAACGCUAACAGAUGAUCUUCCGGCCUUCAGUCUGUCACCGCAGGAGUACAUCACUAAUAUCGGUCAGUACAUCAUGUCUCUGCCUCUGCAUUUGGAGCCGUUCGUGACUCAGGAGGAUCCGGCUCUGGAACUGGCCUUACACACCGGCAAACUGCCUUACCCUCCAGAACAAGGUGAUGAUGUCCCAGAACUGGAAAACACUGCUGAUUAUUGGCUGGGUUCAAUCGCCAGAGCCACCAUGCAGACGUACUGCGACGUGAUCCUGCAGCUUCCAGAACUCAGCGCUCAUCACACCAAACAGCUCGCCACUGACAUCGAUUACCUGAGUAACGUGAUGGAUGCACUGGGUCUGCAGACCUCCAGGACCCUUCAGAAUAUUGUUACUCUUCUCCGUGUCAAACCGGACGAGUAUCGGCAGACGGCAAAAACACUACCCCGAAGAUUAAGUGCCACCAUCGCCAACAUCAGAGGCCUGGAGUACUGAAGAAACAUCUAUACUACUCAACUUCUGAAGCAGAUCAAAACCUUCAGUUAAAGUAGUUCUAAAACUAUUAAACAGCCAUUUUUACCUGGGGACAGUUUUGAAAAACUCUAUUGAUCCGCUUUAAAUGUUGACUAGUGUAUAUAAACGCCACUAAACAUUGGGCAUGUUUUAACCCGUUUUAAAAGAGGUUUAAGAGGGAUCGUUCACCCUAAAAUGAAAAUUAACUCACUAUUUACUCUCUCUCAAGUAGUUUCAAACCUUCACGAGUUUCUUUUUUCUGUCAAACACAAAAAGAAGAUAUUUUGAAGAAUGCUUGAAACCUGUAACCUGUUAUUAACUUUCAUUGGUAUUAGAUUUUUAUUCUAAUAUGGAAGUCAGUGGUUUCAAGCAUUCUUCAAAGUAUUUUCUUUUGUGUUCAUGUUUUAUUCACUUGAGUGAGAAAACAAAAUGAAGUAGCUUUAUAAAAAAAUGCUUACAAAGUUGUAAAAAUGUUGAACACAAAAAAAAGUUAUUUUGAAGAAUGCUGAAAACCGGUUACAACAAACUUCCAUAGUAGAAAUACAAAUACUAUUGAAGCCGAUGGUUACAGGUUUCAAGCAUUCUUCAAAAUAUCUUUUGUGCUCAACUGGAUAAACUCAAACAGGUUUGGAGCAAGUAAAUGAUAGCUGAAUUCAAUUUGUGUGUGAACUAUCCCUUUAAAGGGAAAUAAUAUUAUAGACUUGGGUUUAAUCAUGCGGUAAAGAACGUGUGCCGGAAUUUCUUCCUUACUGAAAGUGUGUCAUUAUGGGGUCAGUUGUUGAAAUAUUUAUUUUUGUGUUGUUUUGGAUGUUUGUUUGCCAUUUGGAGGAAGAAUCAAUAACGAACAUCAGAGCUCUUGUGUUUCUGGCUAACCUUUUGCAUCUUUUUGAUUGUUUAUUGUAAUCUUUAUUGACAUGGGGAGAGUUUCAUACCGCACUUAAAUACAUUAAUGAAGUGGUUUUAUUAACAAAAUAAAGCUUGCGGACUGAUUUAAGGGAUUUGUUUUAUGUGCGUCACAAUCAAUAAUCAGUUUUGAAAUGUGUGGAUAAAUAUAUAUUUUUUUGCUUUAAUGUUAUAUGAGUUAUUAAAUCUGAACAUAUGC